AUGGUCAGAAUGGGGCCAGAUGUGCCCCUUCUCAAUGAGUACAAGCAGGAAUUCUUCUGGAAGCGCUUCCCCCAGACAGUGUUGGGGGGGCCGCGCUUCAAGUUGGGCUAUUGCGCCCCGCCGUACGUCUACGUCAAUCAGGCCGUUCUUUUCCUGACACCAUGGCUUUUCGGGGGUGUCGGAACGCUGCUCUGCCAGUUGCAGCUCCUCCAGGAGCUGUACGCCGCCAUUCUCUCCGGCGCGCUGAUGUUCGCAGCGGCGGCGGGCGUACAGGCCGUGUCGUUGUACGCGGGACGCCGGAGCGGCGUCGUGGAGAGACUCGGCGCGCCCAGCGCUUUAGUUGAUGAAGAGGAAGUGGAGUUUACUCACUGCGUUAGCCCAGAGACGGUCCGAUUCAUUGCGCCCGGAAAGAGAUUCGGGCUGAAUGUGGUAAUGCAUACGGUACUGGCCGGGCUGCUCUGUGCUUUCGGGACGUGGUACGUGCUACUCGGCAGACUGACCGCUCUGUACGGCAGCAUAGGUGUGUCCAUUGUGGUAUUUGUCCUGAGUUGGGUGACGGUGUGCAUAGCAGAAUAUUCCCUGGUUGUAAAUACAGCCACAGAGACGGCUACUUUUCAGGCCCAAGACACUUAUGAGAUUACUCCACUCACCCGACCCCUCUACAUUUUCAUUUUCAUUGUUGUGGACUUGACCGACAGGUUCUCUGGCCCAGUUCCUGAGCUCCAACUCGCCAGCCAGGUUCUUCAUGUGCUUUUCCUCUUCCUACCUCUGUUGUGGGCGCUGGGAAUAUUACCUCCCUUGGAUGCCCUGUUUCUCUGGGGCAUGGAGCAGGCGCUUGUGUUUGGAUUAGGAGGCUCCCCCAUGUCCAGUAACUUCAGGUUGCUGUUGAUGUUUGCCAUUUCCGCUGGCGUAGCCGUGUGCAAUUACUUCAUCCCAUCGACGCUUGGAGUCGUCCUCUUCUCCACAGCGAUGGGAUUCUUGCUGAGCUUGGACCUCAGCCAGGUCGGAACCCUCUGCCACACUCCGAGGCCCGACUGCAAGGAAUAUGGCCUGCGCAGAGGAGGGUCGCCGGUGCCUAGACUUUCCAAUGCCUUUGGCUGGAAUCUGGGCUGCGCGGAGGCCUUGUUGUACGCGAGCUUGUUAUCGGCAGCUCUCAUAGAAGCGGGCUUGUUGCAUCACUUCUACGCCUCCACUCAAUCCCAGAGUUUGCUCAAGGGACCCCAGGCGCCUGUCGGCAUUCUUCUUCUGGUCCUCUUCUCCCUCUGCUGGGUUCUCAGAGAAAUCCAGGGGGCAUACAUUUGCGCUGGUUUAUUCCUCAAUCCGUUGUAUCCUAAAGGCAUGUCAAGUGUGCAGACUUUCAAGCAGAAGAACAGAGGCUUAUUCAUUGCAGGAGCUAUAAGAAGAGUCCUCCUUUAUCUUGUGUCUCCGUUUGCAUUGAUUGCUUUCCUGUCUAUGGACAAAUCCCUGCAGCAUCUGCAUGGGGUUCCUCUCAGUGUGGGAUUCACACGAGCCUUCCGGGUGGCAUGGCAGAGCUCAGAGGACGCUUUACUGCAAGUCGUCGUGAUUGUCAUCGUGCGUCUCGCAGCUGGAAACAGCACGCUGCCUGGCUGGGAGAACUUGGGAACAGGGAUUCAGCUUCUACUGGUUGGCCUUCUGAUGGAUAGACUGACCCAGUUCCUGACCAAGUUGAAGUUCACCCUCACCGUGUUGGUGACGUCAUGGACUGAGAAGAAGCAGCGGCGUCAGUCGGCCGGAACCCUGCUGGCGCUCAACGCCUCGCUCUGCCCGCUUCUGCUGGCCGUGGUGACCCUGUCUGCCCUUCUCUCCGCCCCGCUGCUGCCACUCUUUACACUGCCCAUAUUUCUGGUGGGCUUUCCCAGGCCUCAGCGCAGUUGGCCGGGGCCCGUGGGUACCGCCUGUCCCUGCCCAGACUCCAUCUUCUACCAGCAAAUGAGCGGUAGUCUGGCUUCCGCUCUGAGGACGGCUUUUGCCAGAGGAUCUCUGGGUUCUUUAGCGCCGGGCUCUCACUUUCUUGGCCGCUUUCAGGACCGCAUGGUUUGGAUCAUGAUUCUGGAGAGGGGAUACGGCUACUGCACUGUUAAUAUUAAGGGUUUGGAGCUGCAGGAGACGUCUUGCCACACAGUAGAAGCGCGUAGGGUGGAUGAGGUUUUCGAGGCCGCUUUUGAGCGCCCAGAGCGUCUGGGUUUGAUGCAGGGUCUAAACCUGCACUGGGCCAACGCGCUCACACCGUGCGCGGCACUAGCCGUGCGCGUCUAUUCGGACGCUCGUAACGUCCUCUCGGGCAUCAUCGACUCUCACGACAACCUGAGGAAGCUUCAGGACGACUUUCUGAAAGCCUUGGUGUGGUUACUUCUGCGUUACUGCGUGAAGAAGCAUAAAGGUUCGAUGUGGAGCUGCGUGGAAGGGACGGGAAUCGGAGGGCGAAAGUCGAUCUCUUCCCAGCGGGCGCAAACGACCUGCCACCAGGCACCGGAAGCGAUCGUGGUGGAAUCCAGGGUGUCUUCUCUCAGGCUCAGACAGGACAGCUCCAGUCUGACCUCGUUUGGCGACUGGUCAGACGAAGAUGAUCUUUUUGGUCCUCAGACGGCUAGGCGGACAGUGGCCUUGGUGACGGCAGAGGCCCAGUCCGGACACACUGCAUUGCAGAUGGGAGGCUCUCUUCCGGGCUCCGUAGAGAUGGACAGUCUGUUUGAAAACAUGGCCCUUUCUGCUCUGCAGCCGUUGCAGCCUUUAGGGCUGGGCAUCGGGAUGCCGGCGGUCGACAAAGGUCCCAACUCUGAGAUCUUCAAGGAGAGUCCCGGCUCCCUCCGCCAGCUGACCUUCAGCUGCCCCCAGUGCGAAGCAUUCAACCUACCGACGGGUUGGAGAACGGCGCCGUUGUUACCCAGCCGGCUGCUGCAGCUCAGGCCUCUCUUCCCCGAGGACUGGUUCAGGUUCACCUUGGGCCAGUUCGGACCCGUCGUGCAGAGCGACACCUCUGAGGACAUGACCAAAGCUUUGAAGGAAGACGAAACCUUGAAGGACCUCCACGCUCAGGUGGCGCUCUCGUGUCUGGUGUCGCUCGGCGCCGAGUCCGCCUUCACCAGUCCCAGUUACAUCUACAGGCUCUACUGUGGAGACGUACCAUGGACUGAGGGCCUCGAGUGGCUCUCCUCAAGCAAAGAACUUUAUCAGCUCGCACUUCGGGCUUUCAGGUUCAGUUUCAAGCUCCUGUUCGACCAAGCCAGCCUUGGGCCUAUGGAGUCCCCUGAGGAGAUGUUCAGUGCCUUGGAGGAAUAUGAAAGGGACUGGUACAUCGGUCUGGUGUCUGAGAAAGGCUGGCAUGACAGCGUCCUGCAGGAGAAGCCCUUCCUUUUCUCUUUAGGACACGACCUCUCUAUGGGUACGUACACGGGGCGAGUGCUGUCCUUGCAGGAGCAGCUGGUACAGGUGGGUCGUCUGAACGGCGAGGGGGUCAGAGGACAGUGGGCCAACCUAUCCUGGGAGCUCCUGUACGCCACGAACGACGACGAGGAGCGCUACAGCAUCCAGGCGCACCCGUUUAUGUUAAGGAACCUGACUGUCCAGGCAGCAGAUCCACCAUUGGGGUACCCCAUUUACUCGUCAGCACCCCUUCAUUUCCCCUGCCUCUGA